CGUACGCCACAAGUUCAACCAUUGUCGUAAAAAGUAAUCGUCUGAUAACCCGCGUCGCUUUCCGGCAGAAUGUGAGAUUAGUGGUGAAGUUGGGGAAACUCGAUACUAUUUAUACCAUGGUGUUACAGAGCAGCUGAAUCGGCUUGUCCGCCCUUACAACACCAAGAAAAUAAGGAGCACAAAGUUUUGCCAUCACAGGAUUCUUAUAGAACUUUGCUGUGUUCCUAUGGACAAGCCGUUUCUGCUGAAUUAUCUGAUCCACAAACUUCUUCUCUGUGUGCACUGAUAUAUUUCAAGGUUUAUUUAUGGAGAUAUUAACAGCUGGAUUCUACUAGAUUUUUGUAUAUUAACUUUUGGAGAGAAAGAAAGAAAAAUGGAUUCAAGUUUAUUCUACAAACUCUUCGUAGUUAUUUUUAUGAUUAGAGGUUCUUUCUCCCAGAGGCAGCCGAGAUGCGAGCAGGGCAGCUGUUACCCCGCGACCGGAGAUCUCCUGAUCGGGAGGGAGAAUAACCUGACCGCCUCCUCCACCUGUGGCCUGACACGGCCCGAGAACUACUGUAUCGUCAGUCACUUGGAGGAGGACACCAAGUGUUUCACCUGCGACUCGCGGCAGCCCUGGUCUGAAUACCAGCGCAACAGUCACCGCGUGAACAACAUCGUGUCCUCGUUCCGCGAGAGGAAGCUGCGGUGGUGGCAGGCCGAAAAUGGCAAGCAGUUUGUGUCCAUCCAGCUAGAUCUGGAGGCGGAGUUUCAUUUCACUCACUUGAUCAUGAGGUUCAGGACCUUCCGACCAAAGGCCCUCUUGAUCGAGCGGUCCUAUGAUUUUGGAAAAACGUGGAAAGUUUAUCGAUAUUUUGCCCAGCGCUGUGAGGACUCGUGGCCCGGGGUCAAGAGAUGGCCCCCCAGGGAUCUGAAGGAGGUGAUCUGUGAUGACCGGUACUCAGAUGAGGUCCCCUCCACAGAGGGAGAGGUGAUUUUCCGAGUGCUGCCUCCGUUUAUAAGAAUCGAGAAUCCGUACAAUGAGGAAGUCCAGGACCUUCUGAAGCUGACCAACCUGAGGGUCAACUUCACGGAACUCCACGGGCUAGGGGACACGCUGCUGGACAACCGUCAGGAGAUCAAGGACAAGUACUACUACGCGAUGUACGACAUGACGGUGCGCGGGAGCUGUAGCUGUUACGGACAUGCCUCCCGGUGCGAGCCAGUGGACGGCUACAACAACAGACCUGACAUGGUUCAUGGUCAGUGUGUUUGUACACACAACACCAAGGGACGUAACUGUGAGCAGUGCCAAGACUUCUACAAUGAUCUCCCUUGGCGACCAGCAAGGCAGAAUGCCUCUAAUGCUUGUAAAAAGUGCAACUGCAACGGUCACUCUGACAGGUGUAAGUUUGACCCGGCCGUGUACGAGGCGAACGGAGGAAUCAGUGGAGGGGUGUGUCUGGACUGUCAGCACAACACGAUGGGGCGCAACUGUCAGCAGUGUACGGACAUGUUCUACCAAGACCCGUAUCAGGACAUCCGCAGCUCAACCAUCUGUAAACCUUGUGACUGUGACCCAUCGGGUUCCCUUUUGGGUGGGCGCUGUGAUGAUCACUCGGACGAGAGAAAUGGACUGGUUGCAGGGAGAUGCCACUGUAAGGACCACGUGGAGGGCAAGCGCUGCGACACGUGUAAAGAUGGCUUCUACAAUCUGGAUGAGUCUAAUCAGCAGGGGUGUGAAGCCUGUGACUGCAGUAUGAUUGGGACGGUCACUAAUUCCUCCUGUGACAAGGACUCGGGAAUGUGUCUGUGUAAACGAUACGUCACUGGAGAGAGAUGUGACACCUGUUAUCAUGGAUUUUAUGGACUGAGUGACAUUGACACUGGUUGUACACCAUGUGACUGUGAUGUGGGUGGGUCAAUCAGUGAGGCGUGUGACCAGACAACGGGGGCGUGUACUUGUAAACCCAACAUCAUUGGUAAGCAGUGUAACGAGCCCCGCCCAGGAUAUUACUACGCCAUGCUGGAUUAUCUCCUUUAUGAAGCUGAACUUGCCAAAGGAUUUGGGCAAGCUCGUCAGUACAUCCAGGAGCCCUACGCUGACGGCUACCAGCCCUGGACGGGACCAGGGUACAUGCUGGUUAGGGAGGGGGACAGCCUGGAGUUCAGUAUCGACAACAUCGAGUUCCCCACCAACUAUGACAUAGUCAUCAGAUAUGAUCUAAGGAUGCCAGAAGUGUGGGAGGAUGUCAAAGUUACAAUUCGGCGGGACAAAAUCCCAGAUGAAAACGGACCAUGUGCCAACCAUUUGCCACGAGAUGAUGAUAAAAGCACCACCCUUAACCAAGGAUCACGAUAUGUGGAAGUUACACCAUCAGCCUGUCUCGAACCCAACACUAACUACACCAUUCGUCUGGACUUCCGUCGCUACAAGUCGGGGUUAUCUACCCCUGAUGCCACGGCCUUGAUUGACUCGAUUGUCCUUGUGCCAGCCACAGAUAGUAUUCCAAUCUUCCAAGUUUUUGGUUACUUGAACUUCAUGAAGAAUGAAUUUCUUCGCUACAGAUGUCGUGAGAAACAACUGACCCCGUACCGACCCAAUUACCCAGAAUUCUGCAAGAAACUCACCUUUAGCAUCUCAACCAGCAUGCUUCACCGCGCCCUGCCCUGUGAAUGUGACCCCACCGGGUCAUUGAACUCAGAGUGUGAGCCUGCUGGGGGACAGUGUCUGUGUAAACCCAAUGUGGUGGGCAGAAAGUGUGACCGCUGUGCCCCAGGGACCUACAACUUUGGGCCCGCUGGGUGUUCUGCUUGUAACUGCCAUGAGUACGGAUCUCGAGACAACCUUUGUGAUGCCCAGACUGGUCAGUGUCUGUGUAUCUACAACGUGGGAUCUCGUGACUGUAGUCAGUGUGAGGCCGGAUACUGGGGAUUCCCCCAGUGUCGGGCAUGCGACUGUAACGGAAAUGCAGAAACCUGUGAUGACCUGACUGGGAGGUGUAUUGCAUGCCUUAAUAACACUGCAGGAGACCACUGUGAGAGUUGUGAUGCUGGUUAUUAUGGUGACCCAAGGAGUUAUGUCAGGAAGCCCUGUCGCCCCUGUAUGUGCCCCGGGGGUCCCACCAGUCUGACCCAGCAUGCUGACUCCUGUUCAGAGGAUCCUAGACAGGAGGUCAUUAUCUGCAACUGUUUGCCAGGAUAUCAAGGACCUAACUGUGACACAUGUGCAGAAAACUACUUUGGGAAUCCCUUGGUAGCCAACAGUACAUGUGAACCCUGCCUUUGUAACAAUAACAUUGACCCCAAUGUGGAUGGUAGCUGUGACACAUCCUCUGGGGAGUGCCUCAAGUGUCUGUUUAACACUGAAGGGUUCAGCUGUGAGAAGUGUAAGCCUGGAUACUAUGGGGACGCAACCACCCAGAGCUGUGUGGCAGAGUGUGUAUGUGACCCCUAUGGUACGGACAGGUCAGCUGGGUCAUGUGAUAGAGAGACAGGGCAGUGCCCAUGUCUCCCGAAUGUGACCGGACUAAGGUGUGAUGCCUGUCUUGCCGGCUACUGGAACAUCACCAGUGGGGAGGGCUGCUCCGCCUGCGGGUGUGACCCUGAGGGGUCUCUUGGAAUUACCUGUAAUCAAUUUGAUGGCCAGUGUGACUGUCAGCAGGAGAGGGGUGGCAGGGACUGCAGUCAGUGUGAGGACCUGUACUGGGGCAACCCCAAAGUCCAGUGUACAGCCUGUGACUGUAAUGGCCAGGGGUCAGCUGACAUGCAGUGUGACCGCCGAACUGGACAGUGUGUGUGUCUGACUGGAAUCAGUGGUUACAAGUGUGACCGCUGUGACAGAGGCACCACCGGAGAACUACCCAACUGUAAACCCUGUGGGGAGUGCUUUGAUAACUGGGACAGAGUUAUUAGGGAUCUCAGAGAUCAAACCCAGUAUUUGGUCAAUGAGGCUCUGAAGAUCAAGGCUACAGGAGUAGAGAAGGCAUUUGAGAAGGAGUUUGCUGAAAUGGAGAACAACAUCCAGGAAAUCCGAGACAUCAUUCGCAAUGCAAAUGUGUCCUCUAAUGACAUCAGAGACAUUGAGAUGAAUCUCAAACAACUCAGGGAAUCUCUGAAUAUCAGCUACACAGAUUUAGAGAGGACGAAGGAGGAAAUAGAUGUAAGAUCCAAUAGUAUCAGACAGGGCAACAAUGACAUCAGAGCCCUACAGAUGGGUGUUGACAAACUCAAACAGAAAAUAGAGAACCUGAAGAGAAAUGCCACCAAUGUCCAGGCUCAGGAUGUGGAGGGUGCAUUCAACUUGACAAAGAAGGCCCAGGAAGUAUCAAUGGCAGCUCAGAGAAAAGUGGAUGCAACUGACAUAAUUUUAGAGCAGUCAGAGACAACGAGAAAAGAAGUGAAUGCAAUGGUGGAAAGUCAGCACCAGGAGUUUGAUAGAAAAGUAGCUGAGAACAGUAAAAAUCUGAAGGAAGUCACGGAUCAGAUUAAUGGCCUCGGAGACAAAAUAACAGACAUCAAUGAAAUGGUGUGUGACAAGCGUGGAGAGCCCUGCCACUCUGUGUGUGGAGGAGGUGGAUGUGGAGUGUGUGGUGGAGAACAGAGCUGUGGAGACGGAGCGGUAAAAAAAGCAGAGAACGCCCUGGACCUGGCCCGCCAGGCAGAGGAACUGCUGAAAAUCAAGGAGAGGAAUGCAACAGAACUCUUACAGAAGCUACAGAACUCUCAGAGAGGGGCAGAGAUGGGCAAGGAUGAGGCUCAGAUGGCUUACAAUGAGGCACUCAAAGCUAAGAACCAGACCGAGUACGCUCGCACAGCCCUCCAGGAUCUGUUUGUCAGGAUCUCGGGAUUCCUGUCAGCAGAUGGUGCCACCCCUAACGAUAUCAAAUCUAUUGCAGAGGAAGUGCUGGCUAUGAGCAUAUCGCUGACCCCCGAUCAGAUUCUAGAUCUUGCCCAGAAGAUAAACAUCACCAUACAGGGCCUUCAGAACAUUGAUGACAUUCUGGCUGAGACAAGCAGUGAUCUCGCUCGAGCCAAAGGACUCAAAGACCGAGCAGAAACAGCCGAGGCGGAUGCCAAGUCCAUUCUAGAGAAGGCAGAGGAUGUACAGGCCAACCUGAAAGGGGCUACUGACGCCCAACAAGCUGCCCAAGUGGCCAUUGCACAGGCCGAUAAAGACAUCGGAGACGCAGAACAGGAUCUCACUCAGAUUGAGUCCGAGACAGCUGCAGCCACUGACAAAUCCAACCAGUCCCUGACAUCACUGGGCUACCUGAGGGCCAGGCUACAGGAGCUUAAGGAGAAAUACAUUGAGAACGAACAGAGAGUGGACAAUGCUGAGAUGGCGGCCCAGGAGGCCAACAAACUGGCCCUGAGGGCAGAAGAGGCGGCAAACCAACUUCAAAAUAAAUAUACCACCACAGCUCAGGAUCUCAAUUCGAGAUACAAUCUCACAACUCAGGCUCAAUCUCGUGCUGAGACUCUCAAGAGGAGAGCUGAUAAAUUGGCAACCGAUACCACAGCUAAGCUGAAAAAGUUGAAAGAUAUGCAGGAAAACUUCAAUGCAAAUGAGAAGAGACUGAAUAAGCUUUCCACUGACAUUGAUGAACUCAAUCGACGAAUGGCAGAGUAUUUACAAGCCAUCAACGACAAAGCUACAAAUUAUUACAACUGUAAAACAUAAGAACAAAAUCCUGUUACUCAGUGAUUUGAUGACUUAGCAUGGAGUGUAUAAGGACAGCUAGCAAUGUAUGGGACCACUCGGUGUGCCAGUAGUUAGACAGUGGUCAGACAAUUCACAUGGUAUUUCAAGGUGAUUUCUACUGGAGAAAGUAUUAUACGUGUGUGGUCAGCAUUAUCUGUUGUAGUCGUAGCCUGUGAUACCAUCUAUGUAUUCUAUUGUAUGCUCCAAAUGAUCUUGGAGAGAAACUAUGGUAGGAAUUGAAGGAAUUACUAUGUACAGUAGUUUACAUUGUUCAUUGUUUAUGAUGGACAUCUUUUCUCCUUUUCCUCUCAAUAUCAUGUGUAAAUGUACAUUUAUUAUACAUUAUGUAUUGGCCCUUUUCAUACAGCUGAUGUUGUCAAGUAUAUGACAAUGGCUACUUUCACUUUGAUGACCUUUGCCCUCUAUUAGGUUCAAAUUGAUCACAUGACCAAAACCAGGCAUCAAUGAUAAUGAACCUGUGAAUAUGAAUGUGCAGAUUUUUUAUUUGUUAACUGUAUAUUAUUAGCUUUAUAUACGUGUAUUUUACAGUUCUUUAUGAAAGUUUGAUCCACUUUUUUAUGAAUGUACUUUUGAAUAGCAGGUGAUUGGGCUGUAGUUUUUCACCUUGCAGCAAGAGCCCCUUUCUAAUGUUAUAUGCAUGCGUGUGUUCCUUUUGUAAAAUAAUCAUUGUACAUGAAGUCAUACACAUUAUUUUUUGGUGACACUCAGUGUGUUUCUGCCAUGUUGUGUAAUAAGUCUCUUGUUUCCUCACAUAUAAUGCUCAUUUAUAACAACCUCUGUGAUGUUGCACUGCUGAAGAUCAAAUUUGUCAAAUUAUACAUUGGAGUCAAGUUGUGUGGUCUUUUCUAUUUCAUUUUCAACAUCUUUAACAAAAUCGAAUGUCGCGAAUUAUCGGAACAAAAUUUCUAUUUUAGUGUAAUUUAAUCUCUGUUCUAAAUCCACCCCCCCCCCUUUGAAAAAAAAGUCUGGAUAUUAGAACUAAAGGCUGGUCUGGGAGCUAUAAGAUAUUUACCUCCACCCCUUUUUCUGAAACAUGGGCAGACUUUAUGCAAAAACCAAGAAAAUUGGAUUUUUUAAUCUUUUACUGGUGAUAAGAUAUGGUUUGAUAAAGGAGUAAGUGGCAAGUUAAUAUAGGGCAUAAUACAUUAAGGUUUGGUUUCCAUGGAUACAUUGACCAGCGUCAAUUGAUCUGAUAUACCUAUAUAUUGCAUCGUAAUAUAAUGAUUUCUAUUGAUUCACAUCCUUUGCUUUAUUUUAUUAACCAUCAACCAAAAUGAAUUGGAUAUAAAUCAUUUCUUUUCACACUGUAGCAUAUACAAUUUUUUUAAAUAUUGCCUGUCACAAUAUUAGCUUUUAUAUGGUUACUUAUAUAUGUUUCAAAUGUAUACAAAGAGGAUAUUAGAAGUUGUAGAUGUUCAUAUAUGUUUCAUAUGGUGCUAUAAUUGUAGAAAAUACAAAACUUGCAAAUCCUGAUAUUUCUUUCUACCAAGCAACCAUGUAUAUAGAAAAGCAUUUACUGAGCCCAAUGUACAAGGUUGUCAAAAAUGUUACUCGAGAGGUUGAAUGCAAAUUAUUUUUGAUUUUUAUACUAUUGGGGUAAUAAUCGGUACAGUUAUAGGUAAUAUAUCAUUUCUCGUUGACUUCACAAACGUCUGAGAUUUCAUAUAAGUAUUAGUGCACCAGCAAUUAGAAUUCUGAUGGAAAACUCCUUCCGCCAUCAACUCCACCUAGUGGUUUUUGGUGUUUAUCAAUCCAUCUUUCCAUCAAUUUUUCUAUUUCAUAAACGAAUAAUUUUAAAUUCUUGUUCUGCAAACGAUGAUGUCCAUCUUGUAUACUACUGGAGCUUAGUUGAAAUCAACAGACAUGGUAAUUUUACCUCACAGUAGGAAAACCCCGGUACUUACAGAAUUUGUGUAAACACCCCCCCCCCCUUUUUUCUAUAGAAAUAUGAUACAAUGUCAUGUAUUUAGUUUACUUAUCUCAUCAUUUAAAGACAGAUUUGUUCAAAUAAGAAUUUUACCUCAAAAUAAAUUCA